AUGAGCAAGCAGUCCUUUGCCGAGUACCUCUCGACCAGCCCGGGCAUCAGCCCGCUCGGAGCGCUCAGGAACAGGAGGGAGCGAGAGGCCGCCGGCGCAGCAAACACGGCCUUCAUGCACGAGGAGCGCGUGCGGCUGCGCUGGCUCCUCCGGGCAGCGGCGCGAGAGGACGCGCUUCCCUACGAGCAUCCGCUGCAGGACGCCUUCCGCCGAGCAGGGGCUGCGGCGGCAGCGCGCGCGGACGCGGUCGUGCUCGACGAGGGCUUGGAAGGCGAUGAAAAGUACUUCGACCUCUGUGACGACUCGUGA